AUGUAUAAGAGGGUUCUUGAGUCACUGAAAAACAGAAUGGCAAUUCCAAAGCAGAAGGUGACGAGCAGUGAGGCGAAGCGUAUUUCAGUCUCCUACGAAGCCGAACAGGAGACUGUUUUAAUGGCCUUGUUGCUUAAAGUUGGUGUUGAAUCCUUUACAUUGAUGUGUCCACGGAAGAGAAGUGACAACAGCCAGUUCUUGGACAUCUUAGGCAUUUCUAUUCUGGGCCAACAAUUGAAUUUUCAGGACUAUAUUGAGCACCUCAUUUUAGCAAGUGGGAAGUCGAUUGCGAAAACCUCAAAGAAUGGAGUGAAGUAUGACAAACGGAAUCACAACGCUGCGACGAACAAUACACUCGUCGCGUUGUUAGAGAAGGCCGGAUUUAACAUUGUGUUUAAAAACACGAAGGACUCAAAUGUCACAUUGAAAAUGAAUCGAGUCAACGUCAUUUCCUUUGGCAAUUUGGUACUCUCGUGGGAUGUUAUUACAAGUGUUGGCUCUAAGAUGAACAUGAAAAUUAAGCAGAUUGCACAAGGCUCGAAAAAAGAAGAGAACUUUGUGUUGACUCUUGCCACAUUGGAUAUCGCCGAUUUCAUUGAACAAUGCACUUUCACGGCUCAUAUCGACCAAAAGGUGUUAUUGGAGUACAUCAAUCCUAUGGCAUGCUCUGCACAAAUAGAAGGGAACUACACCGAUACUGUUACUCCAUUUAAUACAGCAGUGUUUAAUCAAAGCGAAGUGUCGUCUAAAGUACCUAAGACGAUACUUAAUGAAGCGAAAGAAGAAGAACUCCCACCAGUCCCUUUGGAUGAUGAGGUUCAACAAAUCGAACAAUUCCAACAGAUGGUACCUGCUAUCUUUGUCGACCCUAUCUCUGGGUUGUAUUACUACUACUCCUGCCAACCUAACUUGUUUGUUGAAGGUCAGAACGUCAUUCAACAAACUGAGAACAACGAAGAGACGUUCUUCACUAACGCGUAG